GCGGCCCGCGGGCUCGGCCUGCUCCCCGCGCCGCCCGCGCUCCGCGCCGAGGCGGAGGACGAGGAGAAAGUGUUUCUGAUGAACCCACAGAACAAUAAGAAAUCCGCUGGAGAGAGAAGAGGAUUUUGUUGUAAACUAAAACACAAGAAGUUCCACCUCAGCAUGAGGAAGAGCUUCUUGACGUGGAGAGCAGCAGAGCGCUGGGACAGGCUGCCCAGGGAUGUCCUGGAUCCUCCCUCUUUAGAGACAUUCCAGGCCUACAGGAACAUGUUCCUAUGUCAUCUGCUCCAGUUGACCCUGCCUUGGCAGGGGGUUUGGACUGGAUGAUUUCCAGAGAUCCCUCCCAACCCUAAUGACUCUGUGAUUCUGUUUGUUUUAUUUAUGGAGUAAAUAAAAUAUUUGCUGCCUUUCCCAGUGCCGCUGGCAGAGGUGUCACUGAUGAACAAGUUGAUCCACACAUCCCUGGUGGAGUCCCAGCAGCACGUGGAGAUCCUGCAGCGGGACCCCAGCUCCCCACUCUUUUCCAUCAAGACCUUCGAGGAGCUGCCCCUGAAGAAGGAGCUCUUGCAGGGGGUUUACAUGAUGGGCUUCAACAGACCAUCCAAAAUCCAGGAGCAGGCUCUGCCACUCAUGCUGGCAUACCCGCCCCAAAAUCUGAUUGCCCAGAGCCAGUCAGGGACAGGGAAAACAGCAGCUUUUGUCUUGGCCAUGUUGAGCAGAGCCAGUGCCAGCGAGAAAUAUCCGCAGUGCCUCUGCCUGGCUCCCACCUACGAGCUGGCUCUGCAGAUCGGGCAGGUGGUGCGGGCCAUUGGGAAAUUCUGCACUGACAUCAAGGUGAACUACGCUGUCCGGGGAAACCGAGUUCUGAAGGGCACAGUGCUGGAGGAGCAGAUCAUCAUCGGAACGCCAGGCACCACACUGGACUGGUGCUUCAAACAACGCGUGCUGGACCUGACAAAGAUCUCCUUGUUCGUGCUGGAUGAGGCUGACAUCAUGAUCGACACGCAGGGCCUCUCCUGUCAGAGCAUCCGCAUCCAUAGGGCUCUUCCCAAGAGCUGCCAAGUGCUGCUGUUCUCAGCCACUUACAAGGAGCCCGUGCGGGCCUUUGCGGAGCGGAUCAUCCCCGACCCCAUGGUGAUCAAGCUGCGUGAGGAGGAGCUCACCCUGAGCAACAUCAGGCAGUACUUCAUGGUGUGCCAGAGCUCGGAUGAGCAGUACAGGGCCCUCUGCAACCUCUACGGCAGCUUCACCAUCGGUCAGGUCAUGAUCUUCUGCCAGACCCGGAGGCUGGCAGACUGGCUGUCGGGGAAGAUGAGCCAGGACGGGCACCAAGUGGCCAUCCUGACAGCAGAGCUGACGGUGGUGCAGCGGGCCAGCGUCAUCCAGCGCUUCCGUGAGGGCAAGGAGAAGGUCCUCAUCGCCACCAACGUCUGUGCCAGAGGCAUUGAUGUGCAGCAGGUCACCACCGUGGUGAACUUUGGCCUCCCCAUGGAUCAGGACGGCGAGCCGGAUUUUGAGACCUACCUGCACCGCAUUGGGAGGGCGGGACGCUUCGGGCACCGCGGCAUCGCCUUCAGCGUGGUGCAGAGAGAGACCGUGCAGCUCGUGCACAAGAUAGAGGAGUAUUUCCAGACCACGAUCAAGCAGCUGGAUCCAUACGACAUGGACGAGCUGGAGAAGCUUGCAGCUGAGUGAGAAGCAGGGAUUCGUUCUCCCAAAUCCAAGUUGUAGUUCUAAACAGGAGGAAAAGUUACAGGGGAAGACUUCCCAGUUCUCUUGUGUGCUCCUGAAGCUGUUGAGUUCUGUUGUGUUGCCCGAGGAGAGGCUGGAGCGAAGCUUGUCUCGCUAGAUGGCAGCAGGAAUCCACUGCUGCCAUCCCAGAUCCCGGGGCAAAACCCACGUGUUCAGGGUCCCGGCAGUGCAGGAGAGAGGUUGGACCCCCGGGGGUCUGAAAUCCAGGUGUGCAGGAUCCCGUCGGUGGGGGAGAGAGGUUGGAACCCAGAGGUCUGAAAUCCAAGUGUUCGGAGGCCCGGCAGUGUGAGGACAGAAGUUGGACUCCAGGGACUGGGCUGUGUUUGUGCCUUUGUUAAUCUUUAAUAAAUGAAUUUGUUUGCAAUCA